AUGCAAACCAGCAAAAGUUUCAUCAUGAAGUUUGCACAGCUGCUUCUUCUCUUCUUGUUCUUUCUCUGCAGCAUCCAUCAAACCACAGCUGUAUUUUCUGCAAGGAAGAAUCAAACAGAUGAUCACAACUUAAUGACAUACAUUGUUCAUGUCAAAAAGAUGGAAAAUGUAACUUCAAUACAAUCACAAGAUAACUGGUAUCACUCUUUUCUUCUAAAAGCUUUGGAAUACAAAGAAAGAGUGGUGUUUUCUUACCACAAUGUUGCCUCUGGAUUUGCGGUAAAGUUGACUCAAGAAGAAGCUGAAGAUCUUCGAGAGAAGCAUGGUGUUGUGUCUGUAAGACCUGAGAGAAAACUUUCUUUACACACAACUCACACUCCAACUUUCUUGGGGUUGAAACUAGGGCAGGGUUUGUGGACUGAUGAUAAUCUCGGAAAAGGCAUCAUAAUUGGACUUAUAGACAGUGGAAUAAACCCUUUUCAUCCAUCAUUCAGCGGCGAAGGAAUGCCUCCACCACCUGCAAAAUGGAAAGGCCACUGUCAAUUCAAUGGAAGAAGAACCUGCAACAACAAGCUCAUUGGUGCAAGGAAUUUAGUCCCAAAUGCAACUCAAGAGCUUCCAUUUGAGAGUAUGAUCCAUGGAACACACACUGCUGCAAUAGCUGGAGGAAGAUUCGUAGAAAAUGCAAGUCUUUUUGGAAAUGCUAAGGGUGUAGCAGCUGGUAUGGCACCUAAUGCUCACAUAGCAAUUUACAAAGUGUGCGAUGAAGAAAUUGGAUGCCCUGAAAGUUCUGUUUUAGCUGCAAUGGACAAAGCUAUUGAAGAUGGUGUAGAUGUACUUUCUCUUUCACUUGGUUUUGGUUCUUUUCCAUUCUUUGAAGACCCGAUUGCAGUUGGGGCUUUUGCGGCUACUCAAAAGGGAAUUUUUGUUAGUUGCUCUGCAGGAAAUUAUGGCCCUAACUACUCCACUCUCGUAAAUGAAGCUCCUUGGUUUCUCACAGUAGGUGCAAGCACGCACGACAGAAAAAUAGCUGCAUCGGCAAAGCUAGGAAAUGGUGAAGAAUUGGAAGGUGAAACAUUGAUGCAACCCAAGUAUUUUUCUCAACAAUUAUUCCCCCUUGUGUAUGCAGGUGCACUGAAUAGGAAUCAAUCCCUCUGUUUACCGGGCUCCUUAAAGAACAUGGAUGUAAGAGGAAAAGUAGUGCUGUGUGAUAUGCAAGAAUAUCUUACACUUCCAAGUAUUGUGCCAGGACAAGAAGUUCUAAACUCAGGUGGUGUUGGCAUGAUACUUGCAAAUUCAGCAACUUUAAAUUUCACCACUUUUGUUAUUCCUCAUGUUUUACCUGCAGUUGAAGUGACUUAUGCAGCUGGUUUAAUGAUCAAAGAUUACAUAAACAAAACCUACAACCCAAAAGCAACAUUGUCAUUCAAAGGAACAGAAAUUGGGGAUUCAAAUGCUCCUUCUGUUGUCUCAUUCUCAUCUAGAGGACCAAGCCAAGGAAGUCCUGGAAUUCUGAAACCAGACAUAAUCGGACCUGGAUUGAACAUUCUAGCAGCAUGGCCUGAUUCAUUAGACAAUAGUACACAACGGUUUAACAUAAUUUCAGGUACCUCAAUGUCUUGUCCUCAUCUCAGCGGCAUUGCAGCGGUGUUGAAAAACUCUCAUCCAGAUUGGUCACCAGCUGCUAUAAAAUCAGCAAUAAUGACAACUGCUAAUAAGGUUAAUCUUGAAGGAAAGGCUAUUUUGGAUCAAAGACUUUUACCAGCUGAUUUAUUUGCGACUGGUGCUGGACAUGUUAACCCUUUGAAAGCGAACGAUCCAGGACUUGUUUAUGACAUUGAAACAAAUGACUAUAUUGCUUAUUUGUGCGGUUUGAAUUACACUGAUAAACAAGUUGGACUUAUUUUGCAACAGGAAGUGAAAUGCUCUGAGGUGAAGAGUAUACCCCAAGCACAACUUAACUAUCCAUCAUUUUCGAUUCUUUUGGGAUCCACAUCACAGUUUUAUACAAGAACGUUGACAAAUGUUGGACCUGUUAACACAACUUAUAAUGUGGUAGUUGAUGUCCCUUUGGCAGUAGAUAUGAGUGUAAGUCCAUCUGAAAUAACAUUCAAUGAGGUGAAGCAAAAGGUUACAUACUUUGUUGGUUUUAUACCUGAAGGUAAAGAGAAUAGAGGUGAUAAAAUGAUUGCUCAAGGGUCUAUCAAGUGGGUUUCUGGAAAAUAUUCUGUUAGUAUUCCUGUAUCUGUUGUCUUUGUGUGA